AUGGCGAAGAAGGCCAACGCGGAGCAUCUGGAUAAUUUACAGACAGACAAUCAUGAUCUGGCCAACCUUGCUAACCAGGAGGACCAUGACCUCACCAAGAUUGGGGCUAUAAAGAAGUACCCAUUGGCCUUUUUAUGGUCUCUGUAUGCCAUCUGGUGUACGCUUCUUGUCUCAUUCGAGAACCAGGCAGCUGGUAAUGUUGUUGGUAUCCCUGAGUUUCGCAAAGACUUUGGCCACGAAUACGCCGGCAACUAUGUCCUUGAUGCCAAUUGGCAGAGCGCCUUCCAAGGCGCACCCGUUGCUUCUGGUGUUAUUGGUGCUCUAGGUUGCGGUGCUAUCGCUGACUGGUUGGGUCGCCGCGCCGUUAUCAUCAUCUGCCUCGUCAUUUCGUAUGCCGCCAUCACGAUGGAAUUUGUUGCCACGACAAACGAGCUCUUCUUUGGUGGAAAGUUCCUCAACGGAUUCGCUAUUGGCGCACUCGCGUCUGUUACAGUUACCUACAUCGGCGAGGUUGCCCCGUUGGCUCUUCGAGGCAUGCUCACAUGCCUGACCGGUCUGGCCUACACCUUUGGCCCCCUAGUUGUCGCCAUCAUCGUCAAUGAAACCGGAACCAUGGAAAGCCGCUGGGCUUACCGCGCCGUUUUCUGCGCCCAGUACGGUUUCGCCUUCAUCUCGACCAUCUUCAUCUUCUUCAUGCCCGAGUCGCCUUGGUGGUUAGUCUCCAAGGGUGAACAGGAAAAGGCCCUCAAGUCCCUUGCCCGCCUGGGUAGCAAGGGUGAGAUGGGUGUACAACGCCUCGCAUCUAUCAACAAGACCCUUGCCGAGGUUGCGGCAGAGACUGAGGGUGUGACCUAUCUGGAGUGCUUCCGCAAGUCCAACUUACGUCGUACCAUCAUUUCAAUUGCUCCUCUGUGCAUCCAAUCUCUGUCCGGUAUUGUUUUUGUGGCUUCUUAUAGCACCUACUAUAUCCAGCUCGCUGGUUUCUCUACCGAGAUGAGCUUCAAGCUGCAGAUUAUUCAGCAGAUCCUUUCUCUGGUCGGAAAUGUUAUGUCGUGGUACCUGGUCGAUCAUUUCGGACGACGAGACUUAACUGUCUACGGCCUGUUCGUGCUGACUAUAAUCCUCUUCCUUACCGGUGGCCUGGCCGCUGCUGGAGGCGAUGGCCCCAUCAAGGGAACUGUCGGCCUUAUCAUCAUCUACUGCUGGUGGUAUAACGUUACCAUCGGAGCUACUGCGUAUACCGUUCUUUGCGAGGUAUCGACCUCGCGUCUCAGAGUCAAGACCAUCGCCAUCGGCAUGGCUUGCCAAUAUGCGCUCAACAUGAUCUGGAGCUUCGUCCUUCCCUUGCUUUUCAACCCGGAUAAGGCCAACCUCAGCGCCAAGGUCUCCUUCAUCUUUGGUGGCUUUGCCAUCUUGAGUCUCGUCUUCUUGUGGUUCUGGCUGCCCGAGACUGCUAACCGCACGUACGAGGAGCUUGAUGAGAUGUUCACCAAGAAGGUGCCCGCGAGAAAAUUCAAGGACUUCAAGACCGAUACCCAGGCGUUUGGUGAAACUGCCAAGGCAGAUCACAUGGAUGAGGUGGAGGAGAGCAAAUAG